CAGAAUGGGUAAAAAGAAGGGGAAAGACAGAAGUCCUCGAGCAGACAGCAGCACUGAGACAGCAGGGGUGUCCUGCGCUCACAUCCGUAAAGGAACAGAGCACAACUUACUGAAGAAAGCCGGUCUGAAUGAGCAAUGGAGCUCGUGUCAGGACUGUGAGCCGGACAAACCUGUUGAACAGCAGAUCUCUGAGGAUGAACCUGACAGAGAAAGUCUAGCUGUGGAUUUUAUUUAUUUAUUUAUUUAUUUUUUGAUUUGUGUGGAUGUGCCUGAAACUAACUUCACCGUGCCCUGCUGUAUUGUAUUUGUAACCUUGUACUAAGCGAAUGUCUGUAAUUAUUUAUUAGGGAAAAAUGUAAUCUACCAAACG